AAUUAGGCAUCGCACGUGUUUGUCAAAAGUGUUCAAAAACCUGUAUUUUUCAAACAUCAAUCAACUUCAACCACACUUUUUCAUUUUACCAAUGUUGAAUUUUUGUAUUGUGCUCAAAUUUCGGUGCAUUUGAAAAUGGAUGAUGGUAAAUUGCAAAUACGUCUUCUUACAAAACAAGAAUCAUACGCUGUGACAGAUGCCCCCUUGUCAGUACCCCAGAAUGUGGAUACAACUACCUUAAACGAAUUGCUGAAUGGACUUUUGAAAGAGUACAAGGGCGAAGAUUUUCUGAAGGAGAAACAGUUUGACUUCCUUGUUCAAAACGAGCUACUGAGAUUGCCACUGAUCGAGCACCUCAAGGAGCAUAAUGUGUCAACGGAAUGUACUGUGGAUGUGGAAUAUGUGGAGAGAACUCCAGCACCUGAGCCCAAGGAUUCACUGCUUCAUGAUGACUGGGUAUCUGGCAUUCAUACAUCGGUUGGCGCCCAUUUGAUCCUGACUGGCUGUUACGACAACUCCGUGAAUAUAUGGACAACGCGCGGUCGCCUGGUCACAUCGCUCAGACAACACAGCGAUAUCGUAAAAGCUGUGCGUUGGCUCGACGUCCAGCGACCCGAAAGUGGAUUCAUCAGCGUUUCGCAUGACCGCACAGGCAUUUUGUGGCAAUACGAGGCCGAAACCAACACAGCAAAACCGGUCGUGACAUUGCGGGGUCACGAAAGAGGCAUUGACAGUGUUGCUGUCAGUCCAAAUGCACAGAGGAUCGCUACUGGAGGGUGGGAUACGAACUUAAAGAUAUGGUCGACUGGUGAUGACGAUAGUAGCGGUGAACCAGCUCAGAAACGUAGUCGAGGUAGUGGAAGCGGACCUCCAGUCAAGACGCCUAUACAUACUCUUAAAGGACAUAAGGAAACUAUAAGCAGUUGUCAAUGGAUAGACAACGCGUCAAUCUGUACAGCCAGCAUGGAUCAUACCAUCAAGAUUUGGGACACGGAGUUAUGCGGCAUUAAAAAUGAAGCUGUCGGUCAAAAAGCAUUCUUAGACGCUUCAUGGUCAGACUUGACGAAAACGUUAUUGACAGCUAGCGCUGACAGGCACGUGAGACUUUACGAUCCCAGAGCACAAGAGGGGGCUGUUUGUAAAGUCACCUUUACGUCUCAUGUAAUGUGGGUGACUUCAGUGAAAUGGUCAGAGUAUGAUGAACAUUUGUUUGUGUCAGGAGGAUAUGAUGCUGCUGUGAAAUUGUGGGACACCAGGAGUCCAAAAGCCCCUCUUUAUGAUUUGGCAGGGCAUGAGGGGCAAGUUUUGAAAGUCGAUUGGACCAACAGGAAAUAUUUGGUAUCUGGAGGGAGUGAUAAUAGGGUGCAUAUAUUCAAGAAUAAACACAGUCCUGGCACUGUGUAGACAGAUAUUUGUCCGAAUUAUAUGAUUAAGUAAAUUCUUUAUAUAACACUGGUCAACAAAAUUUUAACUUUGACGUGCCACACGGACUUUUUUGAUAUUUUUUACUUUAAUUGGUGAUUGUAAGAAAAAAUAAACCGUUAAAAAAAAUUUGCUAGACAAGGAUUUUAUUCUAUUGAGUAAUUUAAAAUAUUAAAAAAAAAACAGAUCUCGUAAAUCAAAAGUAAUUUUUUUUUAUAAAUGACUUAAUAAUCUAAGAUUUUCUUGAAUAUUUAGCUUCUGGUUGGUCCCUUUUAAUUGUCCUGCAGUAAUCUGCUAACAUAUUUGGGCUCCAUUUGCCCUGGUACCGCUUUUCCAUAUUAGAAAUGUCCUGAUGGAACCUCUCACCGUGCUCGUCGCUGACAGCCCCUAAAUUGUCAGGAAAAAAAUCCAGGUGCGAGUCUAAAAAAUGGAUCUUAAGUGACAUGUUGCAACCCAAUGCUUGAUAUGACAAUAAUAACUCGCUAACAAACUCUCUGUAGCUGUCACUCUUGUGGUUACCCAAAAAAUUUGCAACAACAUUUUUAAAAGCCUUCCAUGCAGAUGUUUCUAAAUCGCUUAAUUUUUCUUCAAAUCUUGAAUCUUUUAUUAACUCCCUAAUUUGAGGGCCAACAAAAAUACCCUCUUUUAUCUUUGCAUCACUUAAUUUAGGGAAUUUUUCUUUUAGAUACAAAAAUCCACUCCCAUUGCGAUCCAUUGCCUUCACAAAUUUUUUAUUAAUCCUAAUUUGAUAUGCAAUGGUGGUAGAAGCAUAUUAUUUGGCUGUACAAGGGGUAAAUACUUUUCGUUUUUCUGCCCAGGAACUAACGAUGCACGCGUAGGCAAUGUUUUUUUUAUAUAGUGAUUAGUUCUGUCUUGGCUAUCCCAUUCACAUAAAAAGCAGCAAAACUUUGUAUAACCCAGCUGAAGUCCAAGUAAUAGUGCAACAACUUUAAGAUCACCGCAGAUUUUGAAAGAAUAUGUACUGUAAUUUAUUUUUUCAAGUAAAAGUUUCAUAUUUUCAUAGGUUUCUUUCAUAUUUGCAGCAUGGGCCAGAGGUACAGACGGAAGCUUAUUUCCAUUAUGCAAUAACACUGCUUUUAGACUUGAUUUCGAAGAAUCAAUGAAUAAACGCCACUGAGAGAGAUCAAAAUCUAUGUCCAACAUUUUCAUAAUCUCAUUUAUGUUAUUGCAAAACACCAAAUCUCCAUCCUGAGAAAAAUACGUUCUGAAGUGUUGAUCACGGUUUCGAAAAUAGCUAACUUUUGUAUUAUGAUGUAGCAAAUUCCAUUCUUUUAGACGUGAUCCUAAUAGUUCUGACUGCUUUUUUGACAAAUUUAAAUCCCGAACCAAAUCAUUUAGGUCUCCUUGAGUUAUCAAAUGUGGCUCGUUUACAAUUCCUUUUAACUCAAAGUCAUCGUCCUCGUCAACACAUUCACCUGAAGUGGACGGUUGUGAAUUGUUCUCAACAGACGUAGUUGCAACUGGUAUUAGUUCUGGCAAUAUUUUACAAUGAGAAACUGGUCUUAUAGCCGAAGAUAAGUUAGGGUAAAUAACUGUGGUUUUUUUCUUGUAAUUUAUACCUUUUAUGUCUGUGAGUCAAAAAUAGCAAUCUGAAACGUGAUCUCGCUGUUCAGUCCAUAUCAUGGGUACAGCAAACGGCAUAGGUCGUGAACCUUUCUUCCAGUCAGUUAAAUUUUUCACACACGUUAUGCAACAGACAUGAGGGGCCCAGGAUUUGUCUUGAUGGGCGACAGAAAAACCAAAACAUUGGUGAUAACACUCCAACACAAGAUUCGUAAAAUUUCGUCGUUGUUUUUUGAAUGCUGGUUCUCCGCAGACAUAACAAAAAGAGUUAGGAUCAUUAUUACACUUCCUCGACAUAUUCACAGGGUUAAUAAAUCACAAAAAAGUGUUCAAAUUCAACAACAAAUAUUUUUAUAAGGAUUUACUUGUAAGCGUUUCUGUUAAUUUACUGCCGUAGUACUAGUUAUGAGUAUUACCGUAUCACAAUAAAUAUGAGGCUAAUAGACAUAUGACAGCUGUCAUGUAAUAAUGAGGGUAGACUGAUAAAACAAAAUUAGCUGUCAAAGUUCGUGUGGCAAAACCAGUGUUGACCAGUGUUAUAGUAGUUCUCGACUAUUGUAUUAUUAGCAUAACACAAUGCUGUUUAUAGUGGGAAAUCGAGCAACUGUAGGAUGGUUGUUACACUGUUUCUGUCAUAUAUUUGAUAAAUUUUAACAUACAAAUCAUAGUACAGUAUCAUCGGAAAUUAUGUAGCAAGACUGCGCAGGCAAAUUUUAGUAUAAUCGGAAAUUGUGUAAAAAAAACCUUACAGGCAAAUCGUAGUAUCAUUGAACAUUGUAUAGAAAGACCGCACACACUGAUCAUAUAAUUCUAAAUUCUGUACGAAAUUGUCUAGCAAGAUUGCACAGACAAAUUUUAAUAUUGUUGAAAAUUGUGUAUAAAAACUUUACGGACUAAUCAUAUUACGGAAAACUGUUUUGCAUGGCUACCCACACAGAUUUUUAGUAUCAUUGGAAAUUGUGUAGUAAGAUUGCACAAAGUUUAGUAUAAUUGAAAAUUACCUUUAUAAGUUGUUAGUUUUCCAGGCAACAGGUAGGAUAAUAUUGACAGUCAAUUCUCAGUUUUAUUUGCGUAGAAAAGCCUCUUCCCAUUUCCUGUCUAUUCCCUCGUUUUCAAGAAUUGAUUUCGUGAACGCUCCUUUUAGGGGGAAAACAAAACUCACAGAUUAGAAUCGAUGGUUUAAUACUGAUAUACCAUAUAUCAUUAGGUACAUAAAUAUAUUUAGAAAGGUAGUCUAAAAUUAACUAGAAUUAACAAUUCGUUUAGAGUUCUCUAUAAAAUCAACAUCUUUAUAUUACAUCACACAGUCUGUUAGAAGUAAGGUUUACAUAUUCAUCCUUAAGGCAUUAUUACACGGUAUCCAGGAAUUGACUGACGUACCUCGUUCUAAAAUAUACAAAAACGUUCACAGUCAUGGACUAUUCAAAAUAAAGAUCAAAUUAAAUAGACGUGAAACGUUUGUGCUAUCUGGCAAGUGUGAUUUCAGAAACAAAAAAUACGAGCACAAUCAUUUCAUUCUAUAAUUUGACAUUCAUGAUAUGCAAAAUCAUUUGUUGUUUAGCUACGUGGAGCCAAUGGAAUUACAAAAAAAUUGGUUUAGAGUCAAGAAAAGCUAAAAAAAGCAAGAGUGAUUUCUCGAAAACGAACCUUAUGAUCUGGUUUCUGGAAUUAAAAAAAACUAACUCCAUUUUUUUCUUUUCCUCGGUGAUUUUACCCCUGAAUAACCAGUAGAUGAUUUUGUUUUAUUGUGUAUAUUUUAAACGGUAUGCAAAGUAAAUAAGUACACUUUUCAUCAAUUUGAUUCCAACUAUAAAUUAAUCAAUAAAAAAGUAAAAUGGCACAAAAUAUGAACAGCUAACAAUAGGAAUUUCUAGAAAAUAAUACACUAAUAACUACGAAUAACAGUGGGAAAAAGUAUAAAUAAAAAGAACUAAGCUUAGUAAUAAACUAGGCUUCAAAUACAGGAUGGUUUUUGAAGAGCAAUAUUAAAAUCGCAAGAUAUUUCAGAUAUUGCACAUUCGUAUCAAAAAAUUCUGUACACUAUUCAAUAAACUAAGACAAGAUAUGUCCGAAAAAGCAAAUUCUGCUAUUAAACAGUUCCUUAUUCGUACGACGCUACUCCAAAAACCACCAUGAUUUCACCUCCAUAAAUUCGGCUACAUUAACGAUAAAAAAAUAGACUGUACGAGGAUCAUCGCGUCGACAACACCAGUGCAGUCGUCGAUUCUUAAAAAAAAGAGACAAACGAAUUCCAAUAAAUAAAAAAAUAACCUAUAACGAGAAACGAACUUGGUCCCUUAAAUUAUGGAUCACAGCCAUUGGAAAUGCAAGCAAUAUGUGUUCCUCAUCAGAGAAGCGACGACAACGCCAUCUCGCGGUGGCCUCAACCGAUCGUUGUCAAAGGGUUAUGCUGAGGCCUGUGAUCGGUGGUUCUGCGAAAAGAGGCAAUAUGUUGGAAUCGUUUUUGAAGCCUGGGAUGGAUUUACAAAUUUACUAUUGGGAGCCGUUCUCACCGAAAACAAGUUAGAGCAACAGUGUUGAGCCUUCCAGGCGAGCUACACUUGAUACAGGAAGUGGAAAAUAAGUUAGGCACAGGCUGCCUAUACAGACACAAAAAUUCGAUAAGUUGCUUUCGGUGAGAUCGAUGCCUAGACGUCCGUGAUAAAAUUGAAUAUAGCAAGUACAGAAAAUAGCAAGCAAGACAGCGUCUACUAACACUACAUACAGGCGCGAUGACAGGUUAUAUAGAGCAUAAAAAUGGAAGCAAAGUGAAUUGGAAACAUGCCUACUUACCAGUAAAAGCAAGUACAAGAAUCUCGUGUAAGGACUCCGAAUUUUUGGAAAUGUAUCUUUAGGAUAAUAAAAGAAACCCAAAAUCAUUUACAGUGAUAAUUUCUACUCAAAAUUGAAGUAAGCCAGAAGAAUCGGGAAAGUAUUUUUGUGAGAUGUGUAGAUAGAAAAAGAUUAAAGAAAAAAUGUCCUAACAGCAGUCUAAUAUAUUA